UUUGAGCGACGACGUUCUGACGUCACUGCACGCACGUAAACCUCGGAGGGUGAGACGCACGGUGUAAUAAUGUGAGAAGGGAGAGAGAGCAAAACGGCAUUAACGAAGACAGGAGAGAGAGUAUGCAUAAUAUGCAUUUCAUAUUGACGAAAGGAUGUAGACCUGAUAUACGCUGAGGUGAGAGAUUCGGAAGCUUGACUUUGUAACUCCCAUGGCCGAUACAGAGAAGCAGGGUGCAAUGGUGCUUCAUGAAGAGGGCGUGACUGCCCCAACACUGGCACCUCCCACUACCUCUCCACCUUCCAUCUUUGUUGUCCUUAAACAGUUGCAGUCUGGUGAUAGUGGGAAAGACAAGUGCAGCCUGAUGGCAAUUUGUGAAGCAAAUAAAAUGGUGAAAUCCUCUGUUGUAACAGACAUCCAUCCAACAUCAUCCACUUUUGCAGACACCAACAACACUGCACAGUCUGAGAACUUGCCAGCAGAUGCUAGAUGUAAAGGCAUCACUGUUACACUAGACAACAACAGUAUGUGGAAUGAGUUUUAUAGAUGUCAGACUGAGAUGAUUCUGACCAAACAAGGUCGUAGAAUGUUCCCUUACUGCCGCUUUCGUCUCUCUGGAAUGGAACCUUUCCAGAGUUACUCGUUGGCAAUGGAUAUUGUUCCAGUUGAUAACUACAGAUACAAAUGGAGUGGAAAAGGAUGGGAAACCAAUGGGAAGGCUGAGCCUCAUGUUUCACGUUUAUUUGUACACCCAGAAUCACCUGCUACUGGCCUACACUGGAUGCAGUACCCUGUUUCAUUUUACAGACUGAAACUUUGCAACACCUUGGACCAGGAGGACCAUAUUAUUUUGCACUCAAUGCACCGAUAUCUUCCUCGACUUCAUAUCAUACCUGCAGACAAAGACUCUGAAAACAUUCAAGUUGACAGACCCAAUGUCGUAACUCUAAGUUUUUCUCAGACAGAGUUCUUUGCGGUCACAGCCUAUCAAAACCUUCGCAUCACCCAACUCAAAAUUGACUACAACCCCUUUGCCAAAGGUUUCAGGGACGAUGCAGUCAAUGCUCGAUCAUCUAAGGCCAAAAAUGGAAUGUCCACUGAGGAAGCAGAGAGUGAGCUAAAGCUAAGCAGGGAGAUGACAACCUUGAAUAAUUUAAAAACUCUGUUCAUGAAGAGAAAUGCUACUGUAAAGGUCAGUAAGGAUCACAAUGUUUCCAGCCCUACAAAUGGAGAAAGGAAAGCUGUUAAUGGCGAUGCUCCCGUUGUAGAUGCAAAUGUUCAAAGUUUGUGCAGCAAGAAGCGCCCAUUGUCAUUGGCAUUCUCAGACUUUAUUAAAGGUGCUCAUGUGAAAGUAAAAAGGUUAUCACUUGAGAAUAUCAAGAAAAAUGUGGUCUUGCAAACAUCCACAACAAGUGAACAAAAGGAAGGAUUGGACAUAUCCAAAACAGAAAAAAUACUAAAAGUUGUUAGUAAAGAUGAAACUUUGGUUGGUGACAUUCACAGAUGUAAAAGCACAGACACCUCCUCAAAAACAGAGUUGAAAUUAGAUGAGAAUAAAACAGAAAUACAUGAACACAAAGCUGACGAGAUUACAUUGCCAUCCAGUGACCAAAUUUAUGGAAAGGAGAUGGAGACUCUGGACUCUUCUUCUCUGGACACUGAGGCCAAGUCUGAAGCAAACACAAAGAAAGCUUUACCACAUAAGCGGCCAGAACGUGUACCCCUACCACUCCUUGCUCAGUUUCUUAAACAGAGAAAGUCUAAGACAAGACCUUCUACACCAAAACCUAAUGUUCCCAGCUCAUCCUUAGACUCUGAAAAGUCCUGCGAACCUGUCUUAACCCCUGAAAGCUCAUCUCCCUUUAUAUCUUCCAUCCCUUGUGUUACCACUGACUCAGAUUCACAACCAGUACUUACCUCAUUAUCUGAAAAAGUUAAAUCAUCAUCAUCAACAGCAGAUGCAAGCAACAUAACGUCUCAGUCCACUAUGUUAUCAUCUCCAUCAGCAACCUCACCCCCUGUUCCUGUAGAAACACAAUUAUCUGUUAAAUUUUCACCUUCCCCCAUUUGUAGUGAUUCAUUAAAUGCCCCAAACACUACCUCUCCCUCCAAACCUGAUUCUGACCGAACACCCGACAAUAUCUCUAGUGUGUUUCAUAAUGCUGAUGCUGUUUCUAUGACAGAUCCUGACAACACACAGUCAGACAUUUCACCUCUCCCUACAUGUAACACUUUGCAUGACACUUGUUCACCUACUUCACCGGAAGUUAACAUUGACUCUGCUGACACACCAAUUGUCCCUUCUGUCACUACAUCUGUUUUUGAUGUUCCAUCUAGUACAGACAAUAGCGUCAUUCCUCACCAGCAACUUGCAUCAAUGCCUGAAGUUGCUGAGAGUGAAUCCAUUUCUAAUUUCCUCCUAGACACUUCCGAGGGCUCUUGUCCUGAGCUUUUUUCUGAAGAAGUCCAUCCACACACUCUGUUUACACAUGAAGAAUCCCUUUCCUUGCCAUUAGAUGACCCAUCUUCCCCAGACUUCUGCUUACCCAGUCCAGCUCCUUCUUCUCCUGAUCCAUUUCCACCAAGUCUAUUCUGUGAAAGACCAGUACCUCCUAGAAAGACCCUUGAUUCUUUUCCAGAAAGACUAUUGGACUGCACAGGUUCUUCUUCUCCUGACCUUUUCCCACUAGGUCUAUUCAACAGCAGGCCAGUACCACCCAAAAAGAUCCUUGAUUUUAUUCCAGAAAGUCCUCUGGAUGAAACUGUAACUUCAAGAGAAUCAUUGUCAUCAGGUGUCCCUAGUGGGCCAGAACAUCCCAGGGAAACAGUUGACUUGAUCUCUCAAAGACAGUGCUCUGAUCGUCCAGGUCCUCUUAAUGACUUGCAGUCUGCAGUUAGUUGUGAGACCAAUGUUUCUGAUCACAUUGUUCCCGAACCAACUAAACAUUCCUCUCAUGGAAGCACUUUCAAGAAAUUCAAGGCUAAACAGAAAAAAACAGGAAAAUCAAAGUUCAGUGAAGAUAAUAAGGUGUUUGAAGGACCCAUAUCUGUUCCAAUGCAGCCCAGCCUGGAGGAUGUUGAAGGCCAGUUGUUUGUCUCCUUCUUGUCAAAGGUAACACGAAUAACAUGUCAAUUUAUUUUAGAAUGUAGAAAGGAAACUUUAAAACCAUCAGCCAUCCAAACCGUCAUUUUGAAAUUUUUUGUGAUUUAUGUUGUUUAUGAUGCCAAAACGGAGACCACACAAAAAACCACAGAGAAUCCUGAUGGGGCCAGCUAUGAAAAUAUAGAGGAAAAGAUUGAGGAGCUAGAGAAAAUACUUUUACGUGAUCUGAAAGUCAUGAGGCACAGACAGGUCAUUCAUCCGGUGCUACAAGAAGUUGGAUUGAAGUUGAAUCUGCUUGAUCUCACCCUGGAAAUUGACCUGCAAUAUCUGGGUGUACAAUUACCCAUACCACCUCCUGUACUCUCACCCGAAGGAAGUUCAGCAUCAUCUCAAGUCCCGUUUGUUUCAAGGACAGGAAAAACCACUGACUUCACCAAAAUUAAAGGAUGGAGAGAUAAGUUUGCUGGCUCAGGAUCCCUUACUGAUGGCAUGUCAAGCACAGAUGCAGGACAGAAGAACCUCUCUGCAUUUUGUAGUGACAUGCUGGAUGAGUACCUGGCCAGUGAGGGCAAACUGAUAGAUGAACGAGCUGUAGCCUUAUCCCAGACUGAUGUUACACAUGUAGCAUACCAGCUACCCACUAAGAGCACUAGCUACGUCCGUACCCUGGAUAGUGUACUUAAGAAACAAGUACCAGCUACCUUAUCCACAACAACCAAAAAAAUCAAGCCAACUUUCAAGCCCAAAAAGGAAAAUAAAUCUAAAAAACACUUAAAGUCAGGUAUAGGAAAGCAAACAAAACCAGUGCUUACUGUUAACAAAUCUGCGUUGUGCUUGAAAAAGCCACAGCAAAACAAGAAAUGUAAAAAUAAGAAGGAAUCCAAGGGUUUGUGUGCUGAAAAGCCUGCUCUAGAAACUGCUGAAGGGGUAGCUUCUAAUAAGAGUCCCGUGGUUGAAGUUUCUGUCUCCACACCAUCAAGUUGUGCAGCUGGACGUACUACAGGUUUGCCCAAGACUCUGGUGAAGCUGAUGGAUGUGGAAGAUGGAGCAGUGUGGGAAGGCAAACACCGUACCUAUAUCACAGAAGAAAGGGCAGCCAUCGCUCUUGCCACUCUUGUCACCGCUGAGGGAGUAUCAAAAGGAAACCCUGAUGCCAUCAGAAUUAUAAGACGACGUGCACCACCCUGCCUCAAUGUAUUCUGUAGGCUUGGCUGCGUGUGUGCCAGUCUGGUUCACUUGAGGCGACAUCAUCACUGUGGAAAACCUCAGUGCAUGUUGGGCUGUAGCUGCCUGCGACGCAAAGUUGUUGCACUUAAGACCCCCAAACAGGAGGAAAUUGCAACAGAUGAGUCUGAACCUCAGGGAAUGUCAGAGGAGAACAAGGCUAAAUGGAGGAAGAAAAACAAAAAGAGAAAGACUUAUGUACUGACAGAUCCAGAUACAGCACCUGAACCAGCUAAACGUGUGAGUACAUUAUGGGAUCCAAAACGAGAAGGUUUGGAUUCAGAAGCUCUUUUCUGUCCUCCUCCUCCGAGAUCCCCCUCUCCAGCACUCUUGUCUCGAGAACUUCAGCAUGACCUGGAAAGCUUUUUCAGUCCUUCAGAACAAAAAAGGGUGAAAGAGAGAAAUUUGAAUAUGACUGAGGACAGUAUGGAGAGCGAGCUUACAUGUGCUCGUUCCCGACCCUUUUCCUCCAUGUGCCAUGAUAAACAAAAAAUGGAUGACCAACACCACAUCGCACAGGUCUCUAAACAAGAUAUCGAGGAGGGAGAGCUUGUACCUCUUAAUUUGUCUGGCCCUGCCAAGCGGCUUGAGAUCAUAUCCGAAUGCACUUGGGCAAGUACAGACACCAGAAAUUAUGUUAUGCGGAUAGUAUGUGAGCACAUGGCUCAGGAUCGUUUGAAGCAUCCUUUCUGGAUUGGCAAGUACUUCAUUCAGCCAGUCUCCAAAACUCUACAAGAGAAGGAGGAUGGUUCUGUCGAUACAUACAAAGUCAUCAUCUCUCAACCUGCAGAGAAGAAAACAGAAGAUGAGAAGGUUGCACAAAACAAAGCUGAGCUGAAAAAGGAUGUAGAGAUGAGUGAGGUAAAAGGUCUGCCCUUCCUCUCCAGGUGUUGUCCUGCAGGCUUGCUCAAGGCUGAGAAAAAAGCACCUGAUGCUCCAGGACGGAUAAUGGUUAAUGGAAAGACAUACCCACAAGCCAAAUUAGAGCUGGGAAAGAUGGGAGCUUUGCACCCUGCCAACAGACUGGCAGCUUAUAUUACAGGGAGAAUAUGUCCAGUCAGUCAGUCUGGACCUAACGUGGUAACAACAUCAACUGUUACAAAGGCCUCUAUCACAUCAAUUCCGGUCUCUACUGUGUCCACGGUAACUACAGUUACUAGCACGUCUGCUUCUACAACCACUCCGCUCAUCAAGUCUGUAGUGACCAAGCCCCCAGUGGGAAAGGUCUUCAACCAGUUUGUGGUCAAUCACAUCAACUCUCAAAAUCUGACCAACACUAGCACCUCACACUUACAGCCUACCGUUCCAAAAAUUGUCAUCCCUUCCUCCAUGUUGAUGAUUGACAGGGAGGCAGGGGCUUCUGGGGUGGCUCUUUCUCCUCUUAAAGCAGGCUUGCUUACCCAGGUGUCUAAGCCCUCAGACUCCACAGGUAGCGUCAGUUUUCCCACUGUAUCAAAAGUCCAAGCCCCUGCCAUAACCAUCCUCACUAAAUCACCCAGCCUGCCUCUGGGUGUGUCUGGUCUAACCCCAACAACUACUGUCUCUUCACCUGGAUCGACCACUCCUGGAAAAAAGACUGUUUAUAUCACAGUUAUGUCCCGUAGUACAGGCCUCACCAGUAGUGGUCCAAGGUUUACAAAGCCUGUCACACAGACUCGUCCCCCACAGACCCCAGGCCAAAAGAUGCUGCUUCAGGUGGUGAAGACAGCUGAUGGCAACACAUUGUACCGUAAUCCUAAUGGCCAACUCUUGCAGUUGGUGCCUCUAAGUCAGAUCAAAGCUAUCAAACCCAGCCUCCUAUCUCAAGGUCAACCAACCUUUAUUCGUUUGCCCGCACCUAUUGCAGUCAAUCCAAAAAAGCCUCAGGAAGGCAGCGCCGCCACAGUCACAUCUUCCAGCCCAACACCACAAAUCCAGACAAAGCCUGCUGUCACUAUACCAGUCUCUACAUCUUCAUCUAUGAGUGGCAAGCCAGACACAUUUACUUCAUCCAAGACGGUCUCAUUGAGCAGCCUUCCUUCUACCCUUAAAGUUGUCCCAGGUUUACUGGGACAGUCUGGCACUUGCACAUUAAGGAUUCUCCCACCAAAUCCUGUUCAAAACACGGGAAUUAUCAUUCCAAAUUCCUCCCCUAUCCUCCCUCAGAGUGGCUUUACAUUGCUUAAGCAUGGAAAUUCAACGCUACUGAACAAAGACUCCACUAAGUCUGAGACCGCCGUUUCUGUUAGCUCAGUUUCAACAGAGGGGGCAGUCAGUCAUGUCCGUAACCAGUCUGAAAUGGAUCCUUCUAAACAAAAAAGCUGUGACGGUUCUGAACUAAUAGCAGAAAAUGUAUCGGAGCUUCCAUCUUUUGCUGCCUCCUCUCCAAAACCCAGUCAGUUUUCUGGAGGCGGUUCGAGUUUGGCUGAAGCUGGUAACAGAGCUAAUCCCAAAGUGAAAGAAACUCAUUUUAACAUCGCACCAGUUUCUGAAGAGGAUGAGAUUGGUUCGGACGUUACAGAAUUAACUGAUGACUCUGACCUGUACAGUGAUGAUGACCGAGAAGAUGCAUGUAUGAUGAGUGGUUCUGAUAAAGAGGAGAGGAUGUUGGAUACAGAUGAUUUGGGCUCUGAGAUGAAAGAUUUUGCAGAGGUGGUGGUUGAUAUUGAGACUAUUGAAGAGUCUGCCGAGGAAAACGGUAUUACCAAACUUCAGGCAUCUGCAUUGAGGCGGAUUCAGCAUCAGAGUGACCGGAAGCACAUAUAUGAUAAUGGGUUGGAGGUGAGGGUCAGGCGAGUGAGGCUGGAGAGAAAGAGGCGCCACACAAUUAAAGAGUGCUUUCUUAAACUUCAGGCAACACUCGGGAAGCCUUCAAAAAAUCUUAAGACCUCCAAGAUGAAAAUCCUUACAAUGGCUCAAAAAGAGAUUGAGUCUCUGGUUAACCAGGAGGACCACUUAGUAGAAAGAAUAGCGAGGCUGCAAUUUAAGAGACAGCGUUACCUACAGACACUUUCACUAUUGUGUGACAAGAGCACAGAGUCCAUCAGCCAGAAGCUUGGUGAAAUUAUUGCUAAACAAAAAUCCCUGGAAGCCCAGUCUAAUGCAAAAGUGAUGAAGUCCCAGCUAAACCAGGCAAUGCCCAAAUCUAAACCCAAACGUAAACUAGCUGUUCUUGGAAGUAAACAGAAAGGUUUAGCAUACCAGAACAAAUUGAAAGAUGUUCCCAAACCUACCUAUUCUCCUUCCAAACCAAUGGACUUAAGUAUUAAAAAACAAAAAAGCCUGGAACAGACUGAAAGUGUUUCCAAAUCCGCACCAGCCUCACCUGCAAACCUCGAUGGGAGCAAAAACUCUCUUAAAACUCAGGAUAAAGAGAAAGAUAAUAAGUCUGAACCUUCUCAGCCAUCCGUUAACUCCAGUCCACAAAAGAAACCUGUCUCUGUCCCAAGUCCUGUAAAACAUUCCCCAAUACCACGUGAGAGAACACGUCCAAACAUUCUCUCCCGUGCUACAUCACAGGUGAUACAAGAAUCUCCUGUCAAAGAGCCUCUUUUAACUAAUGUGUGUAUACCUCAAGUAUUCCCUCUGAUGAAUACCAUGGUUCCAUGCAAUCAGAUCAUUACUAUAAACAACCCACUUCAGUCGAUUGGCAUCACCUCUGUAGGGACACCGCAAUCAUCCAUACCAGGUGUUGCAUCUGUGUCCAUAGUUCCUGCAGUAUCUCACCCGGUUGGAGUGAAAAAUCCCCUUCCAUUGUUGCAGUCUCAGUUUAUUAAAAUUACAAACAGUCCUGUUAAUAUUAAUACACAUGUGGAUUCCACCAACCUUCCAAAUAUCACCAAUGUUAUAUCUCUGGUUCCACCGGCGGAGAAUCUGCUAAUACCACAGAAAGUUGUGGAAGAUACAUCUGUUGUCCAGGCACAGCCAACAUCUGUCCCUGCACCUGUGGAGAAUCAGCAGAACCCUUCAGAUGUUACAAUUCUUGAUUUGGAGGAAGGGGCAGUUGUGGAUGAGCCUCAAUCCAAGGAUGUCCCCAAACAACCUGUAGGAGGAGAUGAGAACAGUGCAUCUGUUACUUCAUCGGACCAAGAAGGACUGGACCAGAAAGGUCCAGAUGACUGCAACGAUCCAGAGGAUGAAAAUCUCAUGUCUUUGUUAGACGAACUUGUUCUCCUUAGCCAGCAGCUGAGUAACGAAGAUGAAGAUCAGAGAAUUGUCGUGCCUGGCAAGGUACAGUCAUGUUCGGACAAGCAGGCAGAUGAAGAACGGGAUGAUGACCGUGCUCUCAGUCCCUUGUUCCUAACUCUGGAUGAAGAUCUAAUGUCUCCAGACUCUAAAGAUGAAAUCGAUAUCCCACCCAAAGUGGAUGACUUGGUCAAAGUCAUUUUUGGAUCAGAUUCACCUUCCGUUUCAUCUGAAUCUGGGGUUGCACCAUCAACAAACGGUCAGAGUCCACAUGCCCCAACGUGCAACGAUAAAGGUGAUGCCCCUACACUGCCACCUCUGUUGCACAUGAAAGCUGCAUGUGAAGCUGCAUCAGGUCAGUCUGCCAAUGAAGGGACCAGUGUGACAUGGCGGCCUAUGCCUAAACUGGUUCCUCUUGGGUUAAAGGCUCAAGACACUGUUUUGAAUAAGGUGACUGGCUCCCCAGUUCUCAAACCAGACUCAAACGAGGAAGAUGUUCAUAGACCACAAAUGUGAUCUACCAAUCAAUGAAUCAGGUAUAGCUGCUGCUUACGUUUAACAUGUUUAUGUACAGAAUUGUUUUUUUAAUGUAUUUAUUGUUUGUUUGCUGUCAAUGUCCUGCUGCUGUGGGCACCACCUGUUGUGCCUCUGGUAAAUCCAAAGAUCAAUGUCUGACUGGUUUUGCUAGCAAUUGUGUAUCCACUCUUUGUGGUAAUAGUUGUGAAAGAAGCUGUUUACUCAUCCUAAACUCCAUAUUGGAGCAUGUUGUUUUUUUUUCCCAUUGGAGUUCAUUAAGAAAAUAAAAGAAAAAGUUUACUUGCUCUUUUUAAACACUUUUUCUGUCUUAGCGCAAUGAAGGUGAAGCUGAUCAUUAUUGUUUGUGCUGGGAAUUUUGUGUGAUCAUUAGGGCAGUUUUCCAGGCGACCUUUUAAGGUAUAAUUGAAUUUGCCCAGUGACUUUUAACAGUAAAGCCAUAUCACCCUUGAGUUUAUCUGCUAAUGAGAUUACACAAAUGUCACUGUCUUUGCAUCUAGUUGAAACUUUAACCACUGUCGAUUAAACCCAUGAAUGCAUGUUAAGGCAAUAAUAGAUGUUAAAUUCAGAAAACAGUCUGUGUUCUUGUUAGAGAAAAGCUAGAUUAUUUACAUGUUGAGUGCCUUUCAACAGGUUCUUCUAUAUGCAUAUUGGGACAUAGGUUUGUUGUAUUAUGGAAUAGUAAACCUAUAACAAUAGCAUUAGGAGCUUAGGGAUAAAAGAAGGAUAUAGUGUAUCCACUGCUGAGGUUUACUCUGAUGUGUUAGAACUGUGUUUUUAAUUCUUUUUUGACUUUAUUUUUGUUUUGAAAGUAAUUGGUGAAGUUUGAGUGCAGUCAGUUUAUUGCAUUUAAAUGUUUUAGUUUUGAAAACCUUCUUUUAUUUCCCCCACCUCAACAGCAACAUAAAUUAUAAUGAAGCAUUUCAAAGGGUUGUAACGCUAAACGUCACACUUCCAAUGAGGUGGUUAACUUCAAGAGAUCCCUCAGUUUGAGCUUACAAAUGUAGUAAUCACUAUGCAAUUGUUUUGCUUUAGAUUUAGACAAAAUCGUUACAGAAAAUCUACAUAGGAAUGUUAAAAUAACUAAAUACGAGAUGCAGUCACACUGUUUAUGUUCUUGUGUAUAUUUAAUGCUACACUGUAUUUUUUUUUUUUUUUUUUGUAAAUAUGUUAGCUUGUUAAAAGUCUGUAUAUUUGCCAAUAUAACUUCUUGGAUAUUGUAAAUAUGUAACAUCUAUUCCUUUUGUUAGUCUGCGAACGUAAAUACUUAUUUUUUUAUAUGCUAUAAAUCAGUGCUCUCUCUCUCUUUUGUAAAAGAGUUGGAUGUCUUUUCAAGUUAAUAAAGAUGUACACAAGUC